AUGGCGGAGGCGGCUGCCCACUCCUCCAACUCGGCCGUCGACGGUGGCGGCGGUAGCGUUCAAAACGAUUAUCCCACCAUUGACCCGACCUCGUUCGACGUGGUGCUCUGCGGCACGGGCCUCCCGGAGUCUGUCCUCGCCGCCGCCUGCGCCGCCGCUGGGAAGACGGUCCUCCACGUCGAUCCCAGCCCGUUCUACGGCUCCCUCUACUCUUCCAUCCCACUCUCCUCCCUCGCCUCCUUCCUAUCCCCUGAGGCCUCCCCACCCACCUCGUCCGCGGCGGCCGCCGCCUCCGAUUCGCGUACCGUCGUCGUCGAUCUCCACCGACGGAGCGUGUACUCCGAUGUCGAGACCUCGGGGGCGGCGCCAGAGCCGGCGAGGCGGUUCACCAUUGACCUGGUGGGGCCCCGUGUGCUGUACUGCGCCGAUGAGGCAGUGGACCUCCUCCUGCGGUCGGGGGGCAGCCACCAUGUGGAGUUCAAGAGCGUGGAGGGGGGCAGCCUCCUCUACUGGGAGGGCUGCCUCUACCCAGUGCCAGACUCGAGGCAGGCCAUCUUCAAGGACACCACACUCAAGCUCAAGGAGAAGAACAUCCUCUUCAGGUUCUUCAAGCUUGUGCAGGCGCACAUUGCUGCCGCAUCAGCUUCUGCUGAUGAGACGAGAGAGGGGGAUGCAUCUGCCAAGAUACCUGAGGAGGACCUGGAUCUCCCCUUUGUUGAGUUCCUCAAGAAACAGGGGCUUCCCCCCAAGAUGAGAGCGGUUGUGCUGUAUGCGAUUGCCAUGGCGGAUUAUGAUCAAGAUGGUGCUGACCCUUGCGAGAAAUUGAUUACAACGAUGGAGGGAAUCCAGACCAUUGCUUUGUACUCCUCGUCCAUUGGGAGGUUCGCUAAUGCAGAAGGCGCUUUCAUUUAUCCUAUGUAUGGGCAUGGUGAGCUGCCUCAGGCUUUCUGUCGCUGUGCUGCGGUUAAGGGCGCCCUAUAUGUGUUGCGGAUGCCAGUGGCUGCAGUUCUUAUGGAUGAGGAAAAGAAGCAUUUUGUAGGUGCCAGAUUGGCAUCUGGUCAGGAUAUUUUGUGCCAACAAUUGAUAUUCGACCAGUCUUAUAAGAUUCCUACCUUGGAUGUCCCAUUUGAUGGUUCAGAUUCUCACUUUCCAAGAAAAGUUGCGAGAGGGGUAUGCAUAAUUAGCAAGUCUGUGAAACAGGGAUCAUCAAAUGUUCUGGUUAUUUUCCCUCCAAAAUCACUAGAAGAGCAGCAGGUCACAGCUGUUCGACUUCUUCAGUUGAGCAGCAAUCUCGCAGUAUGUCCUCCUGGGAUGUUUAUGUCAUAUCUGUCUACUCCCUGUACGGAUGUCUCAGCCGGAAAGCAAUGCAUAAAAAAAGCAAUAGAUGCUCUUUUCAGUCCUCAGGCUUCAGAUGGUUCGGAAGGCCAUCUUGAGACAGCCAGUGAAAGCACUGGGGAUGUGAAACCAACACUAAUCUGGAGCUGUGUGUAUGUUCAAGACAUCACACAGGAAAAAAAUCAGGGAACAUCUUUAUUGUCAUGCCCCAUGCCUGAUGAAUACCUGGACUACAGAAAUGUACUGGGAUCAACAAAAAAGUUAUUCGCAAGUAUCUAUCCUGAUGAAGAGUUCUUACCUAAAAAGUCAGCUCCUGUAUAUGCCGAUGAUGACUCUGAUUCUGCAGAGUAA